AUGCCGCCGACAUCAAGAAGGACCGAUCGUACACCAGCCGCUGCAUCUGGCAGCCGGUCUCGCAUGUACAACCUUGCCGGUCAUGCCCACUCUUCCGGCUCGCUCCUUCCUAGGUCCACCGACGUGCAUGCUGCUUCCGCCUCAGCAGCUCCCGCUAUGCCAACGAGGACAGUCGAUGCUGCAGAUGCACCCUAUCUCACAAAUCUCGAGUCGCAUUUCGGCAGGGUCACACUCACCGCUCCCGACAAUCUCUUGAGGAAACAGGCAAAGGAGAAGAAACAAAAGAUCCGUCAGAGGAAAGCACAAAACGCACAAGCGGCUGCCGCAGCAUUGGCAGGCAUAUCUCAGCACGCACUUUCGUCUAGCGCCGGUCGCAAUGCUAUGGCGUCUUCCUCCAACCUCCUCGAUUCGAAUCGCCGCUAUCAGACUACGCUAGAUGACGCUCAUGUCAGCACAGGCUUGCUUGUUCCGACCUCGGGGCAGCAUAUGGGUAUGCGAAGGGCGUACAGCGGUGGACAGACGCCGACAUUGGCCUCGACAUCCCAGCCACCACCGGCGUCCACCACGCAGACAGUCGUAGCACGCACUCGUAGACGCCGGCCCUCAUCUGCUGCGAGAGAUGACCCGGGCAGCAGGCCUGCUUCUAGAGCUAGCGGUCCAAGUCGUCCCGAAAGCGCACUCUCACAAAAUGAUGCAGAUCCUUCUCAGCUCGAGGUGGUCAUUUCGACUGCACCUCUCCAACAACCAAUUGAUACCCGCCUGCCUCGUCCUCGCACUGAGAGUGCGCCUUCCAUCCAACAUCGCUCUCACAACGCCUUUGACACGGCUCCAACCGCGACAACAUCUGCCGACUCUACACAGACACAUAUACCAGGAUCGAAUCCAGUAGCCCAAACAUCACUACAUCGCCAGAAUGUCUGGAACGACAUCACCGAGGCAGAUCCAGACGAUCUUCCGCCACCGUUUCCUGAGGGAGCGCCGCGGCCUCCAUCACCGCCACGUCCACCGACACACGAUCAACUAGCCAACGAUGCGCAACUCAUCGGUCCACAGCCGCAUGCUCGCAUCCCUGACAGCCCACCGCCCGCCUUCGUCAGCGAUGACGAAGAUGACGCUGUGUCUGCUGCAGAAGAUCUGCCGCCUCAGAUGCAUCCCUCCGAGGGUGAAAUCGAGGUCCAACAAACCGCAGCGACCGACAGCAGGCCCGAGAGCCGAGCAUCGACGCCAAGUUCGGCGUCCGCGAGCGACGACGAAAGCAUCGAGCUGACCGAAGAGCGCCGGGCGUGGGAGGCAGACAUUCGCAGCGGUCUCAGCUUUGACGUCCGAGUACUGCGCGAGCAACAGCGUCGUGUUGCAAGAGAACGCGCUGCGGCGCUGAGAGAAGCGCCGGUGGAGGAACAAAUGGUCGCGAGCGCUGAAGCGGCGGAGAGCUCUGCGCAAGCUACAGCCACACUACCAGCGGUGGGAAGCGUCGAACGGGCGCUACAAUCCAGCCCAAUGGUGGUGCAAGAGGACGCCUUGGCGGCUGUCCAUACCCCGACGCACUCUGCUGCAGAGCAUGAACCCUACCUUGCGAUCACCAGCGGAGAUUCGCUCGCACAGCCGGCAAAUGUGGCCCAAGACGAGACACUUUCUGCGUCGCAUGUUGCAGAAGCCGAAAGUAGCCCUCAACAGCCGCCGCCCAAUACCGCCCUGGCAGUGCCGCGAAACCAAGAGGCUAGUCCAGCCCACGUUGUAGAACCUCUCGGCAGCGAGCCAGUUCCGGCGGCCAGCGAGGGGAUUCCAUCGGUUGCGGCCUCUGCAGAUCAAGCCGCAUUGAGUCUGCCGGGGCCGGAGGCACAGCCUUCUGUCCCAGCUGCAGGCGCUCCCCAAGCCGACACUACCGGCAGGCUCGUGCUUGCCAACGAGACCCGUCUAGGCCUACCGCCAAUGUCUGCUCCUUCGAGACCCAUAUCAGGCGUGACAUCUGGUCGGGCCGCGCAAGACGUCGCUGCUCGUUCUGCGUCGUCCAUCGCUCGCAAUAAUCCUGUCGGCCAUCGAAAGACCAACUCCGACACUCCGACAUCUGCUGCUCGUCAGACUCUUCAGCGCAACCAAGGCAACAACCGUACCGGCAUCAACGGUCGUGCCUCCCUGAGCAGCCUCGCCGGACGGCGUCUCAUCCAGGGACAGGCUGUUCGUGGCCACGACAGCGAUUCGAGUCUCCCUCUCAGUCGACGACCCGAAGAUACGCUGUACGUCAUCUCUGCGCCUCCUCCUGCUUCCCACGGUAGGGCUUCGAGCGAGGAUGAGGCAAGCGUCUUACAGUCAGCUAUGGUUGCAGCAGGACCAGCAGCGGACCGGACUGACGACACAGAAGAUGGUGCGUCGAGCGGGCACGAGUCUGGCGAUGAUGAUGGCGCAGAAUCUGACUCGUCGAUAGAGCAGUGGCUGGCAGAGUCAGCUGCUUUCGACGCGUUGCGCAAGAGGGAGGAAGAGGCAGCGGCAAGAUUGCAAGCUCUCCAGGAGCCACCCGUUUCCGAUAGCGACGAAGAAGAAGAUGCAGCUAUGCCUGGAGCAUUCAGUCAACGAGCCUCUGCCCAUCCAAGGCACUCCGGAAUCGCUCGCAAAGUGCCUGAUCCGGCCAAUCUCGCAUCGAUGGACUCAACUUUGCCCAAGGCGCCCCCUCCCUUGGUUCUUGGCCGGUCGCGCGGCGGUGCUGCCUACUCGGAUUCCUCUUCGGAAUCCACGGACACGGACGAUGCGCUCGAUCAGUAUUCUUCCAGCGACGAAGACGAUGAGCAGCAUCGUGCCUUCUACGACGCCAGUGCGGCUGAAACUGCGCCAAGGGAUUCUUUCGCCAACGCGCACAAGUCUGCACAUGUCCGCACUACCUCAUCGGCACCCAACUUGACCAUCGCUGAUGACGCAUCGAAGGAAGGGGUCUCAGAGACCGCAGACGUAGCGGCGGACCCUGUUCAGAACAUCGCAGAGCGACCGGCCGGGGCUAGCGUCUCCACGCCACGGACUAGCGAUCAGCAAAAGCUGCCCUCUCACGGUCCAACCCGCAGCCUGAGCCUCAAAGCGCAGGGCAAGCUGCCUGAACGCGUCGUUGCGCCGGUCGCUGAUCGAGAAACAGAACAGCGGGCAGGUGAAUUCGAAGAAGACACUUCAAGCAGUCGAGAUGUCUCGGAUGUUGAGGAACCAAUUGGGUUCGCAAAGCCAUUACCGCCAUCCUCACCUACAACGCAAGAUAGAACGAUGCUGCAACGCAAAACAGAGCCGAAUGUACCCGGUCUCGUGGACCCUGUGCAAGUCGGCACGAGACGCACCUCGUUCGAUCCGCUCCUGCAGCCAUUGCACUACGGGCAGAUCGGACGCAACGAUCUCAGGGAUCGACUCAAGGACUUGUUCGGCCAACCUCUGAUGUCGGGUGCUGCAAGCCAGCUUUAUGACCCGCAAGCGAAUGCCCAAAAGUCUUCCGCGUCGACGACGAGUCGAGUGGAAGAUCGACAAGCUUCGAGCGGGUUCCGCCGGCUGUCGGAGAGGAGCUUGCCGUCUCUCACUGAGGGUCCAGCCUCGACGAGUGUGGUGCCGACAGUCCCGAAGAUUCCCCUGCCAGACAGGGAUGAUGACGCGUCGACUCAUGCAUCUCGCGCACCAGCCUCAGGCGGGCACCCGAGCGUCACCAGCCUUCCAUCGGCGAGCAGACUGCCCGACGUUGAUGAGGCGAAAGCGACGCGUUCCGCAUCCAGACUGCCCGAGCAGAAGGCACGCGAUGAAGCGCUGCUGCAAAUCGCACAGCUCAGCGCAUCCACGAAAACAAGGCAAGAUUCCCUCGCCGCCCUUGAACGGCUCCUUGCAAAGACGGGCCGUUCGACAUCCAUGUUGCCUCCCAGCACGAUCACGCGUGCCGAGCUCGGUGGGCGCUUGCAGCUGACUCCAGACGUUGAUGGAGCAGAUGCGCAGAGCAGCUCAGAGCCAGGAGGGAGCAGCACCGAACAGGCGGCUUUUGCUCCUUCCUCAGCGUCAAACAAUCGUCUGUCUCGUCAAGGAGCGAUCGUUCGAGGGCGCGGCCCGCUGCCAUCACCACCAUCUGGCUUGUCGAGGGCCUCAUCAAGCGCCAAUCGACCAGUUUCGUUUGUCAACCCCCGCUCUUCGGCCGCUCCUCUGCCUCGGGGACGUCUGCCGGCGAUCACGGAUGCGACGCGUCAUUUCCCACCGUCCGCAUCGAGUGCAGGACCCGGGGUCGCGCCGUCUUGGCUGUCGUACAUCCCUUCGGAAGAGCGGGAGAGGCUGCCUGCGCCGUUGGAGCCUCAGAGAGCUGCGGGUAGAGCACCGGUUGGGAAGGUUUCGGCUAUGAUAUCACGGUUCGAAGCGGCACCGUCGACGAGUCGAGACCAACACGGAGCUAGAUCGACAGGCUCGCCGACGAAGCAGCAGAGCUCAGGGCUCACAUCUGAGGUAGGAGGGGUCAGGCGCACCGAGUCGAACCGGAGCUUGGGGAACAACGCGGCCGAAGCGGAUGGGUGGAGAGCGGUGGAAGAGCGUGCCGAUGCGGCUGUGUUCAGGCGCUUCUCGAAUGCUGAAGCCGAGGACGAGGUUGGGCAGGGUGGUGCUGCGCGAAGACGGCCGCCUCCGCCACCACCGCCGUCGACACUGCCGACGAGGAGGUCCGACAACAGCACUUGGCGGCUCUCGGAGACAGGGGAUCGGACGAACAGCAGUGCGGGCGGUGUGACGCAGUCGGACUCGAUGGAAGCGCUUGCUCGGGAGAUCGACCAGGCGGCUUCCGAGUGGUCGGCAGCUUCCUUGCAUGACGGUAGUGCUCAGCAGCGGGAAAGACCGGAAUCGACAGCGUCGAGCCGGCUCAUGGUGCCCGCGUCAUUGCCAACGAACACUCAUACUCGAUCACCACGCACGCAGGCGAUGGAUACGCUGACUGGGCGGGUACCUGUUCCUGGUGGGUCCACACCGCCUUCGUUGCCGUCGAAAUCACCGUUGAUGACGCCGGAGCGGAUUGUAAGGUCGGCGAGCGGGAACGGGUUGUCGGAGUCGAUUCGGGCGGCGCAAGCGGCGGCAGCGGCGAGGAGGGAUGGAAGGGGGGUGAGGGGAUAUGAGGUGUCGGAGGGUGUGCGUGCGGGUGCGAGACCGCUUCCGAGUCUUCCGGCAUCGUUGAGGAUGCACCAUGGAUUGGGGAUUAGUGAAGAAGGUGAGGGGGGAGGGAGGAGGGAGCUGCCGGUUCCACCGCCUUUGCCGGUGAGGCCGAGGGGGAGGGAUUGGGUUAGUCUGAAUGGAUCGCAGGCAGUGGAGGGGGCAAGGGGAGUACUGUCGAGCACGGCUAGUGUGCGAGGUGGAGCGGAGUCUGUGAACGGGAACGCCGGCCAGGAAGAUGUCGAGCAAGCAUUGCGAAGUGCCUCGCCCACAGCUGACGACACCCCUCUGGAGUCCGACACAAGUCCCUCAACCUCGACCGCUGCCGUACCAGCCUCCGCCGGGCCCUCCACCGCCCCACGACGGGCGCCCUCUCUCGGCCUAACAGACUUUGACCUCCUCGUCGCCUCGCUGGAAACCCAACCCUCUUCGUCGAACUACGAAUCCCUCUCCGCCAUCACCGAGUUCCUGGGCCCCGCCCAACCGGCCAACGCCACCGCCGAGCAGCUCGCCUCGCUCUCGGUCGCCGUGGUCGAAUGCGACUCGCGCCGCGUAACGCGCGACGGCAAGGUGAAGCAGAAGCUCAGCUGUGUAGGGGUGCGGGUGGAGAGGUGCGGGGUGUGUCUGGGCCAGUAUAGGGUCGGGGAGAGGUGUGUGGUGCUGCCGCGGUGUGGACAUAUUUUUCAUGAAGAGUGCGGGAGGAGGUGGUUGGGGAAGAGGGGUGAGUGCCCGGGAUGUAGGGUCAAGGUGUAA